AAAGAAUCAAUGGCAAACGCGUAGGUGUUGGUUCUUCUUGUAGUGUUUAAUUCUAGUGUAUUCUUUAAACCCUGUCGCAAAUCUGUUUCAGUCAUAUUUUCUCCUCGCGCCAUAUGGCACGAUCGAUAUUCGAUAGAUCCACUUAGCCCACACUCCUCUUGACGCUUGACGACAAUAGAUCUACACGAGGAUGAAGGAAACGACGAUAAAAGUUAAAUACUAGGAUACACAACCCUAUCAGUAGAUCAAUACGAUAGCAGUUUUCUGUAUACCUUGCCUAACCUUCCUAACAUACUUGACGGGACGUUAUAUGGAAUAGACGAAUCUGCUAUGCGUAAGCAAACAGGCCAAGCUAUCACUAACUACGUCUGGUGCGCUUAGGGGGUAUCUUUGGUAUUGUUUCGAAUCCACCUGAUGCUAUGACCAGGAAUAGGAAAGCCUCUAAAAUCGACUGAUUAUGAGCCCAGCCGCGAUGACUUCCUCGGCGCCAGGAUCCAGGGGUUUCUAUGUAAUCUCAGUUUUUCUGGUUACUUAAAUUGACAAUAACCCAGUUGUCGAUCAGAUGUACUAAUUGAAAGAGUUAAGCAGCGCUUCACUUCGCAUUUUCGAUUCUCAUACUCAUCUAUAAAUCUCAAGCAUUUAUCGAUUCUAUCAGCUUAUAAUUCUUAAUUAAGUUACUUUUCUCGUCUUUCAUCAUGCCCGCUAUUGAUACCGGGCUUAUUACCCGAGAGCUGCCUCAGCUCAUCACCCGGGAAAUGAGCAAUAUGAGCAUCAUCAUGAAGAGGGAGGUUGACCAUAGAGCGAUUGAAACGUUUCUUGUGGCCUUUACCUGUAUUUUUGGCGUCGGCGGUUGGAUCCUCUGGAUGGUCAAGCAGAAGUAGUCGAUAACCGAAGCAAGAAUUUUCAUACGCAAAUCACCCCCGACCUUACACCAAAACCUAGUCCUACUUCCUCCAGCGUCGGGGAAAGGAAGGCGAUAUACUAUUAAU